GGUUUGUCUUCGGGAAGGAGGGGUGGUAAUUAAAAGGCACUUAGCAAAAUAUUAAUUAUAUACCCGGUCAGUCAGCUGUCUUUUGGACUUUUGUUACCUGCCUGAAUGUAUUUUUUCUAAACGCUGCGCCGCUGACGUCACAUGUGUGUUGGGAGUUGCGCCAAUAGCAACAGCAACAACAACAACUAAACAAUAAAACCGGCAUAAACCAGAGCACAAGGCAAAUACAAAUACAGAGCAAAGCAAAGCAGAUAUUGGAACACUCACACGCACAAUCACUGUGGCGGCUUCGUGGCGAGAAAAAGUUUUUGUUUUUAUUAUUCCGCUGGCGUAGAUCGACAACGGAGACGGAGACGACUGUCAAGUCAGUCAGUUCGUCAUUAUAAGCAGAAGAUAAAUUAUGUCUUUAGAUGGCAAGAGUCCACGCACACGGAAUAUAAUUGAAAAUCAGUUGUUCCGCCGCCAGCACAGUCUCAAGCUAGAGGCACUGCAACGUAAACGAUCCCAAUUUGGUAGAUCUGGCGAUGGGAGCGGUGGUGAUGCAAUUGACCAUGUGGACGAUGUGGAGGAGCCCUUCAACAAGACUCACAUUGUCAUCAUAUUUACCGAGAAGGCGAAAUUGCGACAUUGCCAGGAUGUGGAGAAGAUAAUCCAAGAGUUUGGCAUACAGACCACCCUGGAAAUUGUCGGAAAAACCGAAAAGUAUUUAUACCUAUCGGCCAGUCUGGAUACACUGCUCCGCCUGGCAGAUGCUGCCGAGCUGGAGAAGAUGACCACAACGGGAAGUAUGCAGAAGUUCAAUCAUGGCUGUAUCUCAGACUUUCUGCUGCCUGGCAUAAAUAGGGAACAGAUUCUGCGCUUUUGCGAGAUUCCUGUGCUCAUCAAGGAUGCAGUGAAACCAGCCAUUAGAUCCUAUAUCCAAAAGGGUUAUAUUGAGGAUAUCUUUCCGUUGCAUGAUAUUCUCUUUUUGGAUCGUUUCAAUUGGAAUCUCAAAAGGACCAAGCUUCCCAUUGAGGAUAUACGCAACUAUUUUGGUUCCAGCAUUGGCCUCUAUUUUGGAUUUAUUGAAUUCUAUACCAAGGCCUUAAUAUUUCCCGCUGUAUUCGGCAUUUUGCAAUCUCUUUUCGAAUUGAAUCUGUCGCUUGUGUGUAGCUUCUAUGUGAUCUGGACCACGAUCUUUCUCGAAUUGUGGAAACGUAAGUGUGCUGGCUACUCGUAUCGUUGGGGCACCAUAGAAAUGAGCAGCCUGGACAAACCGCGUUCCUCCUAUCAGGGUCAAUUGAAGCCUGAUCCCAUAACUGGCAAAAUGACAUUGCAUUAUCCCAUGCGCUAUACGUACCUGCAAAUGUAUUGCAUUUCGUAUCCGGUGGUAAUUGGUUGUGUGAUAUCGGCCGCCUGGUUUGCCCUCUAUCAAUUCCAGAUCGAGGCCGAAGUGUUGGCUGAUUUUGGUGCGGAUUCGUGGCUGCUAUAUAUCCCUGUGAUUGUGCAAUCGGUGCUGAUUGCCAUCUUCUCGUGGGCCUAUGAGAAAUUGGCCACAUUCCUCACAAACUUGGAGAAUCAUCGCACACGUUCCCAAUACGACAGACAUCGGGUCAAUAAGCUGAUGCUCUUCGAGAUUGUCAACAAUUUCUUUUCACAAUUCUACAUAGCCUUCGUGCUGCAGGAUUUGAAGCAAUUAAAGUACCAAUUGAUGAUGCAGUUGCUCAUUUUCCAAUUGCUUUGCAUAGCCCAAGAGAUUGGAAUCCCCCUGAUGGCGGUAAUACGCCAAAAGUAUGCCAAAUAUCGUCACAACGAGGUGUCCGAAGAGAAAAUGCGAACAAUUAGCAAUUUGCCCCGCUACGAGCAGAGCUUCUACGAGUCUGGCCUGGAUGCCUAUCAUUCCACAUACGAGGAUUAUCUGCAGGUAUGCAUCCAGUUUGGUUUCGUGGUACUCUUCGCUGCAGUCGCUCCCUUUGCGGCCAUUGGAGCGCUAAUCAACAACGUCUUUGCCGUCCACAUUGACAUGUUCAAAUUGAGCAACAUAUUUAAGCGUCCGUUUGCCCGUCGGGCCAAGAACAUUGGUGCCUGGCAAUUGGCCUUUGAACUACUCUCGGUGAUGUCUCUUCUCAGCAAUUGUGGACUGCUCUUUCUCCAGCCAAAUGUCAAGGAGUUCUUCUCCCAUUGGCUGCCCUCCGUGCCCGAUUUAUCGUUUGUGAUCUUCGAGCAUGUGCUAUUGGGCCUUAAGUUUCUCAUACACAAAGUGAUCCAUGAGCGACCGCGCUGGGUACGCAUUGGCCUGCUCAAGGCGGACUUUGAGACUAGCCAGGCUCUCAAGCAGCUCAAAAAAUUUAAGGCGGAGGCCAGCAAGUCAGCCUGAGUGUGGCCCACAUAAUCUCUCUGUUAUCCACUCCGGUCUCUGAAAACCAGUCCAAAUUAAUGUUUUAGUUUUAAUUUUUGAAUGUUUCAAACAUUUUUUAAUUAGCUGCAAAAUGUGGUGUAAUGCAAAUAUUUAUAUUUACAACCGUUAUGAUAUACAUACAUCUAAAUUUAUUUAUUCAAUAAAUCUUUGAAAAACAUGAAA